GGAAAACCGGUGUCAUGGCGUGGAGUUGCACGCCGGUGGUCUUCGCACGUGGAACUUCUCGUUCCCUCGCGUUUCCCAUUGCUCGUCGCGAGUAGCCGAGGACGUGGAUCGGGAGAUAGCGAAUGUUACCAGUUUGCGCGGCGUCCGCCACACUUGGUGCUCGCCUUCGGUCUGUCUGCGCAGCCCAGGGUAGACCGUCGUAGACACGAUGGAUUACAAGGCACGCAGACGUUACACGAGCGUCGUGGACGCGAACGGCCUCGACAACGAUUAUCCCAACGACAUACAGAUGUACGAUGUGCCGCCGCUCGGCGAAAUGUCGCUGGAGGAAUUUCAGGAACUGGGGUUCGACAGAUUGAAAGUUCUACGGCAGCUGGAGGCGACGAAUUGCAGAGGCGACCUGAAAACGCUGGAGGACCGCAAGAGAGCCUUCGGCGACUCCCUCAAGUCCGACGGCCUCAAGUACUACGCGAAUCUCCUGCACGCCGACGGAUCGAAUCCCCAGUCGGAGGAGCAUUCGCAGACCAGGAGGAAAGAUCACAUAGCGCAUUUUAUUUUGAGACUAGUGUACUGCCGCGACGUCGAGCAAGUCCGGUGGUUCGUCAACCAGGAGGUCGAAUUCUUCAAAUUGAGAUUUAGCUCAUUAGAUAAGAAGGGCAUUGAGCAGCUGUUUAGUAUUAGCAACCUGAAUUGCACACCUAUUGCGCAAGAUGAGAAACUUGAGCUGAAGGAGGAGCUCAGUUUGUCAUCCGGGAAAGUUACAAAUAUUGAUAUCGCUGACAUUUAUAAAGUGCCUUUCGAGAAAGUCACUGACUUGGUCAGAGGACGCAAAGUGUACCUCAAAGCUGGGAUGGCGUACAUCACUCAUAUGGACCUCAGUUCUGUGUUUGUCUCCUAUUUUAGAGAAAAUCUAGUUGCAGGAUUAGAGAGUUCAAAAAUUCUAUACAACAAUAUAUCCGAUGACGAUAGAUUGACGCAAUACUUAACAGGUCUUCCUUCGGCCUUUUCUGGAAUGGGGCGUGUCGUGUGGUCGUCUACAGCCACUCCCAUCGACAAGCUGAAUGAUUUAUCCAAAUCGUCAUAUCCGUUGUGCAUGAGAACAAUUCAUGAAGCGCUGCACGCCAACAAUCAUUUGAAAAAUUCAGGGCGCCUGCAGUAUGGGUUAUUUCUGAAAGGUAUAGGCGUGACUCUAGAGGAUUCUCUUCGUUUUUGGCAAGACGCGUUCUUGAAAAGGACAGACGGGGUUACAUUUGACAAGAAAUAUGCGUACUCCAUUAGGCACCUUUACGGUAAAGAGGGGAAACAAACGAAUUACACUCCAUACGGUUGUCAGAAAAUUAUAAACAGCUCUGUCGGGCCUGGAGAAUACCACGGAUGUCCUUUCAGACAUAUGGAUCGCGAUUCACUUUGCCAAAAGUUAACUAAUUGCGGUGUAUUCGCCUCCAACAUGACCGAAAUAUUGGACUUGGCCAAGGAUGGACAAUAUCACUUGGCGUGUAGCAAGUAUUUUGAAGUUAUGCACAAUAAACCAGCAAGUAAACCACUUCUACAUCCAAAUGCAUACUUUGCUGAAAGCCGUGCAAUUCUCACCGAAGACGAUGGUGGCAAAGACAUAGAUAACAAAGAGAAAUUCUCGCAAAGUACGGUCGGAACUCCUGGAAGCCUGCCUUCAAGGAGAAGCGAUAAAUAUCCUACACCUUCUAGAAAUACAGAGUUUGCUGGAACGCCAAAAAGAAACGAUAAAUAUGUUACACCUACGAGAAGUACAGAUGCGAUCAGUACACCUUUGAGGAAAGAUCAAAGAGCGAGUUAUCAAACGCCUUCAAAAAAGAAUAAAAUGACACCAGUAAACAUCGCGGAAAUGCUGAACGAAGAUGAUUUUACAGAAUUUAUGGAUAUAGACGCAAUGGAUCAGAGUUAAUAAAUAGCGUUCUUUCUGUGUUGUAUAACUAUUUAUAUUUUGUGGACUUGUAUUACGAAAUUUUUCUAAAUAUAUUUUUUAAUCCUAUUUAUCAAUACUUUUGUCAAUAGUUGUCAAACUGACUUUAACUUAAUAAAUACUACUUAUGUAUACAA